CUCAUUGUACGUGAUGCAAGCCAAGCUCUGCAAAGGGGAAGUAAAUAUAACCACUGAUGACAUGGAGGUAUGGCACAAACGACUUGGACACAUCAGUGAGAAGGGACUCCACAUACUCGCUCGCAAGCAUCUCCUCCCGGACAUGAAAGGGCAUUUGUUCACAUUCCCAAAGAUGAGCGAGCAAAGCUUGAUGCAAAGACAAAGGAGUGUAUCUACCUUCGCUCACCCAAGGAUGAAUUUGGCUAUCGGCUAUGGGAUCCAAUCAAUAAGAAGGUUGUUCGUAGCAGAGAUGUCAUCUUCUUCGAAGAUCAAACGAUUGAAGAUAUUAAGAACUCGGAGAAGCCAAGAUUGAGAAGAAGCAAGAACACCGAACUUACUCCAAUUCAACGUGAGGAUGACACACAUCAAGAUAAUGAUGAUGAAAACCAUGAGCAAAGCAACCAAGAGACUCAUGAUGAAUCAAAUCAGGAAGAUCCUCAAUCUAGUUCUCUGCCAGCACCAGAGCCGAGGCGAUCCUCUAGGGAGAGAAGACCAUCCAUCCGGUAUAACACCGAAGAUUACAUUACACUCACGGAUGAGGGGGAGCCGCAAAGUUACAAAGAAGCAAUCAAUGAUAUUCAUAAAGAAGAGUGGAGAAAAGCCAUGCAAGAAGAGAUGCAAUCCUUGCAUGAGAAUCACACUUAUGAACUUGUGGAGCUACCAAAAGGGAGAAGAGCCCUGAAGAAUAAAUGGGUGUAUCGAAUCAAGACUGAAGAGAGUAGCUCAAAGCCUCGCUACAAAGCUCGGUUGGUGGUCAAAGGAUUCGGUCAAGAAAAAGGCAUCGACUUUGAGGAAAUAUUCUCUCCCGUGGUAAAGAUGUCAUCCAUCCGAGUUGUCCUUGGCCUAGCAGCAGUUCAAGAUUUGGAGAUUGAACAACUCGAUGUCAAGACGGCAUUCCUUCAUGGCGACCUAGAGGAAGAGAUCUACAUGGAGCAGCCCGAGGGUUUCAAAGUUCCGGGUAAGGAAAAUCUAGUAUGUCGCCUCAUGAAGAGUUUAUAUGGCCUCAAGCAAGCACCGAGGCAAUGGUACAAGAAGUUUGAAUCCUUCAUGGCAGAGCAUGACUUUACAAAGACAAAAAGCGAUCAUUGUGUCUUCAUAAAGAGGUAUGAACGUGGCGACUUCCUCAUACUUCUACUCUAUGUUGAUGAUAUGUUGAUCAUUGGACAAGAUCGCAUAAAGAUAGAUGCCUUGAAAAAGGAUUUAAGCAAGAGUUUCGCCAUGAAAGAUUUGGGACCGGCUAAACAAAUCCUUGGGAUGAGAAUAACUCGUGAUAGAUCGAAGAGACUGUUGUGGAUAUCCCAAGAGAGGUACAUUGAGAAAGUGUUGGAACGAUUCAACAUGAACAAAUCAAAGCCGGUAAACAC